AUGACCGAGGACCAACUUGUGGAUCGGUUCCAAUGCCAGACUUGCUCGGAGUGCUUUAGGGACCCCUUAUCAGCUCAGAAGCAUUUGUCGGCCACGAGACACAAGUCCAUCAAAUUAUGCGACACCGAUGAAAUAUUGGAAUGCGAAGAAUGCCUGGAUCGCAACAUUCAUCAACUCGCCAUCCUACGGUACGGCCUUAAUGAUAUGAGCUUGCUUUGUAGCGAGUGCCUCGGCAAGGAUGACUUAGAAGAGGAAGAACCGUCUGCAAAAUACACACUUUCAAAUGGGGCAAUUUUGGUCAAGCUCGACCAGUAUCUCAAAUUCCGAGACCUCGAAUGCACAUUGUGUGGAGCAGGCUCCAAGCUCUAUGUGGGAAACACUUCCAGGGGGCAAGUAGCCACCUGUAAAAACUGUUUGCCGCAAUACGAGUCUCAGAAGAUCAAUUUUGUGAGUGAAGAUGACGACAGGUUCCUAACGGAAUUAUUGGGAAUCAAGGAUUUCGUGCCAAAAGCUUCCACGGAAGGUGGGAAAAGAGGACGAGGAAGAGGUGGGAGAUUGGGGGGCAAAGGACGAAGUGGCGGUCGACCUCCUAGAAGGGCUAAAAAGGAAGACCCCGAUGCAGAAGCUAGAAGAGCCCAUUAUCAGGAGUCGAAGCAAAACGCCUUAGACAUCAAAUCGGGAUCCAUGGUCAAGGCUAUUGGAUCGGUGAAUAUUGGCGGAUUGAAAAAAUUUCUGCCGGAAAAGUCCAGCAGCAAAUUUAGUGCCAAAAAGAAACCAUCAUCAGGCAAAGAUGGUUCAGGUCCAGGUCCAGGCAAAGGACCAGCGGUCAAAGCAAAUGGCUCUCGGCUGUCACCAUCUCCACGGGUUGACAAGGAUGUUGCUGCUACCGCUCGUGCCUCAAAUGAUAACAAGGCUUCUUUGCUAAAGAAGCUGGAAGUGAAGAGGACCGGUACGAAGAAGCCCGAGGCAAAGAGGGAGAAAUCUCAAGUUGAGGGGCAAGUGGCAGAGACGCAUCCAGUAGAGCAACAGGGGGGUUCAGAAAAGUCCCUUCAACCAAAGAAGAAUAACGAUAGCAAGAAGCAGAGAAACCAAAGUGAGCCUAGUAGUAAGCAAGCAAAACAAGGCAAACAAGGCAAAUCGAAACCAGGUAAUAAUACAACUUUGGAUUCAAGAGACGCUGCUUCAAAUGGCGAAGCCAUGGAGAAUUCCCAAAGUAAAAACAGAAAGAGUCAGUCACCAUCCAUCAAAAAUAAGCUGAGUUCCCUGGUGGUUUCCAACGGCUCUGACCAGGCCAAGAACAAGGACAAGAACAAGGACAAGGACAAUAGCAGAAACAAAAACAAAGACAAAGACUCCUCCGAAUCUGAUCUCGUGAUACCGCCGUACAUCACGAAAUAUCAUCCAUCUUCUACUUUGAAACUAAGCUACGACAACUUGGAUGAAUACUUCCGAGAAGUGAGCUUCAACAUUUUCUUGGAGGAUCAGCUUACAAACGUGCUGAGUAUUAUCGAGCCCAAGGAUUUGAUGAUUGAAUGGUUUGCAGACCAGGACAAGAAAAACACGCAAUAUAAAGUCAGUAUACCGAUGACACCAGAAGUUGCAGACAGGUUUAUUUCAGACAGGUUUAAGAAAUUGAAACGGGACCCGUUUCAAAAGGACCAAGCCAUGUUUUUGAUUUUAGACGAUGAUGUGCCUUGGUAUGGCCGAGUUGCCACUGUUGAUGGAAUCAAGACGGGCAAGAACAAAAGGACGGCCAAGAUUGAUUAUUUCAGCUUGGUUAUCCAGUUGUACAGUUGGAACAAUCAACCACUCCCCAAAACAGUCCACGCGCAGCACCUCAAGCUUCUACCCGCGUCGGUGCCGGUGAGUCGUAUUUUCAACGCCAUGGACAGUAUAUCGAACCCCAGCUUCAUCAAGAUGUUGUUGGGCAAGGAACCCAUCAAACAGAUUUACUUUAACAACCGCAUCAAUUUCUCGUCCAACUUGAACGAUUCACAGCGGGCCGCGAUCCAGUCCGUGUUGAACAACAAGAUUAGUGUUGUUCGUGGUCCUCCAGGAACGGGAAAGACCUCGGCCAUCUAUGAAACCAUUAUUCAAUUGUUGGAGUCGUUGAACACGUACCCGAUUUUGGUUGUGGCGGCGUCCAACAUUGCCAUAGACAACAUUGCCGAGAAGUUGCUCGCCAAGCACGGUAAGCUGAUUUUGAGGAUCACUGCCUCGGAAAAGGAAAAAGAGUACGACAGGUUGCAUCCACUCGCUGGUAUAUGUUUGCACCAUAAGAUAUACGAUGCCUUGCCGUUGAAACUUCAACAAGUGCAAAAUGACUUGAAACGAGGCACCGGUGCAGUAAGUGCCAAUGCCUACAAAAAUUUCAUGCAGGAGAAGUUCCAAAUUACGAAACAACAAGUGGCACAGGCGAAAGUGUUGUUGACCACCACCGUGGUUGCUGGUGGACCGCAAUUGAAGUCAGUUUCCAAGUGUCCCGUGGUGAUAAUGGACGAAGCGACCCAAUCGUCGGAACCAAGCACGCUUAUCCCCUUGGCUGUGCCCGGAGUCGACAAGUUUGUCUUUGUGGGCGAUCAAAAGCAAUUGAGUUGUUUUUCGUUGAUUCCAGCUCUCUCGACUUCGUUAUUCGAACGAGUUUUGUUGAAUGGAACAUAUAAAGCUCCACAUAUGUUGAACACGCAAUACCGGAUGCACCCUGCCAUCAGCGAAUUCCCAAGAACGAGAUUUUACGGUGGCGAGUUGAAAGAUGGAAUUGAUGCCAAAGCGCGAGAGAUGAAUGGUAUCCCUGCGAAUCCAGUCUAUUUUUGGGACACUGCAGGUAAAGCCCGCGAGCAAUCUGUUCGCAAUUAUCUUCGUGAAGAUCGAGGCUACACAUUUUACAAUCGCGAUGAAGUCUGGUACGUGCAGCAGAUUUUGCGAGUACUCAUCUUGGAAAAGGGCAUUAGCAGGGACCAGAUCGGGGUGGUUACCCCAUACUCUGGCCAACGAGAUUUAAUCUCGUCCAUCUUGGUCAAGGACGAGGUGGUCAACCCUACCAAUGAAGAAAUGCAAGUUGAAGUUGACAUUGACGAUAUCCGAAACGAUUCCAAGCCCGUUACCAUCCAUAUCGUUUCCGGCAUCAUGAUUGCUUCGAUUGAUGCAUUCCAAGGACGAGAGAAGAACUUUAUGGUGAUGUCCUGUGUGCGAUCUAAUGCGCAGGGCACGAUUGGGUUCCUUCGCGACGAGAGGAGAUUGAACGUGGCGUUGACGCGAGCCAAGUACGGGUUGAUUAUGGUUGGCGAUGUCUCGACGUUGAAGCGGGGCGAUCAAUUGUGGAGAGAGUACAUUGAGUAUUUGCAGCUGAAAAACUCUAUUCACGGCGGUGACAGAUUUGAAUACUUGUAA